GGAGCUCAGAAGAGUAAUGGUGCGUCGGUUAUCUCCCGAGUCUGAGCUUGGCAGAGACGAUGACCUUUGUAUCCGAGCGGGGCGCAGGCGAAGCAGAAAGCUUGUUAAAACGCCCAACGACUCAUCAUGAUUUAAACUGAAAUUUGAUUCCUGUUGACUGAUAUUGAGCUGGGUUUGGUCAUGUUUUCUUUUCUCACCUCGUGGCUGCCGUCGUUCUCCUUCCUGCCCGGAUGGUUCAUCCUGGACACAAAUCCGCUCAAUAGUUUUCUUCAAGGUCUGGUGGGAGCGUGCGGGAUCUCUGUGCUCUGCUCUCUGAUGAGAGUCCAUUUGUUCCUCCAGAAAGAAAGUGACAAAGAUGAAUCGAGUCCGAAGUCACCUGGUCUUCAGCGGAGGAUGGCGAGGGGCCUGACCGGGACUCUCCACUUCGCUCUCGUGACUGGGAUCCUGGCUGUCGUGGGUUCCCGCGUGGCCUCUCUGGUGGUGUUAGAGUUCUGUCUUCGGGGAGUCUCCGGGUGGAUUUCAAGUGGCCCGGAGUCCCUCCCUUUCCUCCAAAAGCUGCUCAUUCAGAGCCAGUUCUCUCUGGGAUGCGCGCUCAGCUGCAGCCUUCACUUCCUCCACGACGGCGCCUCGCAGCGCUGGCUGUGCCUGGCUCUGGCGGCAGCGCUCGGCUGGUUCUUGGCCCGACAGGCCUCCAGUUUGCUCCGUCACGUCUUUGCUUUGUACAGACUUCACAGCUCCCAGCGCUACUGCGGGAUCUGCAUCGCUCUGCUCACGUCAGGACGCUUGGUGCUUCCUGCUCUCUGCAGAGCGAUGGUUAUCACCUUCUCCGUGGCAGUGCUCGCGUCUGUGUCCAUCAUCAACCGGCACUUCCUGUCCGCUACAGAGGCCCUCAGGUUCUGGACUCCACUGACCAUUUGCUACACGCUGCUGGUGGUGUACAUGCAGGCAGAGGAGGAGCACCGCCUGCCGGCCAGCCAGGCGGCGCUGAACGCGGUGGUCGUGCGUCUUGGCGGUUUGCUGGUCCUCAUGCUGACAGUGGGACGCUGGGCGGACGUGAUCCACAUCGUCAUCUGCUUCCUGGGCGAAGCCAGCUGCCUGAUUCCAACUCUGGACCUGCUGGAUGCGGCGGCCUGCCGGGAGGAGGACGACUAUGAAGAACGUUUAAAAGUCCAACGUCAGAGAAGACGAACAGAGCGAGAGCAUCAGUCCUGAUCCCAAC